AUGCGCGUCCCAUCCAUAGCACUCGUUAGCAUGGCGGCCGUUGGCGUCGUCAACGCCCAAGGCUCCGUGGCAAGCUGGCAUCCCCCCACAGCAGGAGACUCCCGUGGCCCCUGCCCUAUGCUCAACACGCUCGCCAACCACGAGUUCCUACCUCAUAACGGACGCAACUUCACCCUCGACAACGUCAAGCAUGCCCUCACGACAGCCCUCAACCUCACCGACGAACUCGCAGAACUCCUCAACAAAUUCGCCCUGACCACGAAUCUCGCUGCCAAUGCAACUACCUGGGGCCUCGACACGCUGAGCAACCACAACAUCCUCGAGCACGAUGCCAGUCUGAGCCGCGCCGACAACUUCUUCAACAAUGACUCGACCUCGUUCAACCAAACCGUGUUCGACCGCACCCGCGCCUUCUGGACCGCUCCCUGGAUCAACAUCCAAAUGGCGGCAAACGCGCGCCUCGCCCGCGCGCUCGACUCUGUGAAAUUCAACCGCCAGUUCGCGCUGUCGGAGCUCGCGGGUGCGUUUAGCGCGGGCGAGGGCGCCGCGUAUCUGCUUGUGUUUGGGGAUAGACAGAAUCAGACUGCGAAUAGGGAUAUGGUUGAGUUUUUCUUCGAAAACGAGCGUCUCCCCAUCCAAAUGGGCUGGAAAGCACCUAACCCUGCCAUCUCAUCCACGGUGCUGUUCGACAUGUCUGAGCUCAUCGUCAACGCAACGAAUUAUCAAUCUGAGCAGAUGAUGACGCCUUGGUGAAAACAAAACCCUUGUUGUCUUCUCUUGUAUCACUGGCUGCAUUGCACACCAAUGCUUCACAUCUUUCCUUUUCAUUUUCUUUCUUUCCCAUUCUUAGAUCUUCAUUUGAGGGGUUGGGUGGAUUAUCUAUGUGUUUGUUUACGUGUAGAAAGGGGGUUUAGAUUGGGUUAUCAGUGUUAGCAGUGUCGAAGAGAUCAAUGCCUCGUAUUAUCAGUUAUCCUUGUAUAUAAACAGACAUGCAUACAUACAUAGACACGAAACCACAUUCAAC